CUGAAUGAAAUCAGAACGUCAGUUUACAGAGUUUCCCUGAAGCUUCUGUCUCUGCAGAAACUCUGUCACUUGGAUGUUGUUUACAUUCGUCACGUUACCACCGCCUUUCAAUCAGUGGGCGGAGUUAACGUUCAGCUGACUGCGAGGAUGAACAGACAGGAAGUGACCCAAGUCCUUCACAGGAUGUUCCUCAGUGUGUCACAGCAACUUGGAGGUGAUGUGAGCGUGGAGGCUACAGAGGAGACGUGCAGCGUGAUGUUCACGCUAUGUGAGCGCUCCGGAGGUCAGGAUGUUUCAGCUGCAUCUCUUCAAACUGCUCUGAUCGCUCUGUCAGCUGAUACACUGAACAACAAAUACAGAGCUCUGGUGAGUGUUGCUGAGAAACGUUCAGGAUCUGUCAGCAGGGCUGGACUCCGGUCAUUACUGCAGGACCUCAGUCAGGUCCCUGCGGCAGUGCAGGAGGAAGGAGUUUUUGGCAGCGUGGAGGCGGCGGUGAGGUCGUGUUUUAACAGGGUGAGAAACCAACAGAAGCAGGUGAUUGAUCGUUGUCAUGGUGACGCACUGACUCUGUGUGUGUUUUACAGGUGUUGAGUCCUACUGCAGGUGAAGAUCACCUGUUGUCAUGGCUGCAAAGUGAGCCUCGCCUGUUGCUAUGGUUACCCACUCUUUAUCGCCUGUAUUUUACUCAAAAUGUCAGACACACUGUCCGUUGCCACACCUGCAAGACCCAACCUAUCACUGGCCUCAGGUAUCGUUGUAUGAAGUGUCUAAAUGUCCACAUGUGUCAGAGCUGCUUCCUGACUGACCGACAAACGAGGAAGCACAAAACUCACCAUCCAGUGCUCGAGUUCUGCACACAGGUAACAACACACACAGGUAACAACACACACACAGGUAACACAC